GCACGAAGAAAAUGUGUGUUGGUGUAUGUGAAUAUCAAAACUCACCAUAUAUUAAACAUAUUUAUAACAAUUAUUAUCAAUCGAUUAUCGAUAUAUUGAAAUCAAAUAAAAUAAAAUGUGCUGAUGAUUUUUCCUUAAAAAAACUGAUCGACUUACUUGUUAUUUGAUUGGAAUUGUUUUUUGUUGUCAUUAAUCCGUAGUUUUUUUGUUUGAAUUUUGAACCAAAAAGAAAAAAUGGCUCAACCAAUCGAUACAAAUUGUAUGACAUUAACACGUUAUGUAAUCACUGAACAACGAUCACGUAAAGAUGCUACUGGUGAAUUGACCACAUUAUUGAAUGCAUUACAAACAGCAAUCAAAGCCGUAUCAUCAGCCGUACGUAAAGCCGGUAUUGCAAGAUUAUAUGGAGUUUCUGGAUCGACAAACGUACAAGGUGAAGAGGUAAAAAAAUUGGACGUACUUGCCAAUGAUCUGUUUAUCAAUAUGCUUAAAUCAUCAUAUACAACUUGUCUAUUGGUAUCGGAAGAAAAUGAAACGGUAAUUGAAGUGGAAACCGAACGUCAAGGUAAAUAUAUUGUCUGUUUCGAUCCAUUGGAUGGUUCGUCAAAUAUCGAUUGUUUGGUUUCGAUUGGUUCAAUAUUUGCCAUUUAUAAAAAGGACCAUAAUAAUGCUCCUGCAAUUAAUGAUGCAUUGCAGCCAGGACGAAAAAUUGUUGCUGCUGGUUAUGCGCUAUACGGCAGUGCAACAAUGAUCGUAUUGAGCGCUGGCGGUGGACCUGUUAAUGGAUUUCUUCUUGAUCCGGCAAUCGGUGAAUUUGUUCUUACCGAUCCAGAUAUGAGAAUUAAAUCACGUGGUAAAAUCUAUAGCAUUAAUGAAGGUUAUGAAUCACAAUGGGAUGAAGCUGUUAAAAAAUAUGUCAAUGCUAAAAAACAUCCAACGACUGGUAAAUCAUAUGGUGCACGUUAUGUUGGUUCAAUGGUUGCCGAUGUUCAUCGUACAUUGAAAUAUGGUGGAAUAUUCAUGUAUCCUGCCACUAAAGAUGCACCAAAUGGCAAGCUUCGUUUAAUGUAUGAAGGCAAUCCAAUGGCGUAUAUUAUUGAAAAAGCAGGCGGUUUAGCAACCACUGGACACAUACCAAUAUUGGAUCAUCAACCAACAAAAAUUCAUGAACGUGUGCCCGUAUUUCUUGGAUCACGUGAUGAUGUUCAAGAACUUAUUGAUUGCUAUCAAAAUGUCAAAUGAAUAUAAUCAACGAGAUUAAUUUGUAAUUGUGAUGAAAACGAAUUUCUCCAUACAACAAAAUUGUUCUUCCAUGUUUUUUUUCAAAAAGUUUUCUUUUUACUUUAAUUCCAAAAAAAAAAAAAUUACAU